AUGGAUCUCUCCUCGGUGAACUCCUCCUCGUGGAGAGCGGAGUCGGUGGUCGUCUCUUUGGGUUUUUCAGUCAUCUUCCUGGUCGGCACCGUGGGAAACUCUCUGGUCCUCGCGGUUCUAUUUCGCAACGGACAGAUGAACACCAAGACCACCAACCUGUUCAUCCUCAACCUCGGGGUAGCAGAUCUGUGCUUCAUUGUCUUCUGUGUCCCCUUCCAAGCCACUAUCUACACGCUGGAUGAGUGGGUGUUCGGACCCGUGGUGUGUAAGGUCGUGCACUUCAUCAUUUUUCUCACCAUGUACGCCAGCAUCUUCACCCUGACGGCCGUCUCCCUGGACAGGUAUUUAGCAAUUUGCUACCCACUCCGCUCCAGGGAGAUGAGAACACCAAAAAACGCCCUCAGCUCCAUCUGCCUGGUUUGGGCCUUGUCCUUGGUUUUCUCUGGACCGUAUCUCAGCUACUACUCACAGAUGGACCUAGUUGGCACUGUGGUGUGUAUUCCUGCCUGGGAGUCCAAACCACGCUUCAUAAUGGACGUUUGCACCUUCAUCUUUGGCUACCUCAUUCCCGUCCUGGUGCUCAGCCUCACCUACGCGCGCACCAUCCGAUACCUGUGGACCAGCGUGGAUCCCGUAAAGGACAUGUCAGAGUCUCGGAGGGCCAGACAUAAAGUCACCAAGAUGAUCAUCAUCGUCGCUGCUCUCUUCUGCCUUUGCUGGCUUCCCCAUCACCUGGUCAUACUCUGCAUGUGGUUCGGACGUUUCCCCCUCAAUCACACUACCUACAUCCUCCGCAUCCUCUCCCACCUGGUGGCUUACACCAACUCCUGCCUCAACCCCAUCGUGUAUGCCCUUGUGUCAAAGCACUUCCGAAAAGGUUUCAGGAAGGUUUUCAGCUGCGCGCUGAGGAGGAGAGAGGUCAACAAGGUGCACAUCAUCCAGGCGGUGAACACGGUCAGCAGUGUGGAGACGUCCAACUAG